AAUGGCAACACCUCCCAGCAGCAGUCACUCGAUCCUGGAUGAGUUUCACUGCAACGCACCCUGAGCCUCACACUACAGAGAGACAGAGUGUGUGUACUGCACACGCACACACGCACACACACACACACAGGGAGCAGAGCAGAAAGGCUGUUUAUUGACUGUACUGAUGUGACCACAGGAGAGUGUGGGGAGCUGCAGGUGGUGUUUGUGUCUCCAGCUGGACAUGGAUCACUGGUGUCCGUCCUCACCGCGGUGGAUUUAGUGAAAAGACGCUGCGCCUCCCUCUGUCUCCUCCCCGGUGAAUGAGAGUGCGUGUGCGUCAAGAACAGGUGGAUCUAGUUUCUGCGUUCAGCUCCAUAUUCCCCCCCUCUUCAUCCACCUGUCACCCUUAUGGGGAACCAGGUGGAGAAACUUACGCAUUUAAAUUACGCAGAGGUGCCAACGUCGGACCCGAAUGGCUUCGACCCGGACGACGAAGGACCGCGCAUCGGCGUCUCUUACAUUUUCUCUAACGAUGACGACGACCAAGACGAACACAUGGACCACUACUCAUCCGACAGCCAGACGGGGAACCACGAGGAGAAGCCCUUCGACCGGCAGGACGAGCUGGAGUGCGCGAUAUUCUACCGGGAGGAGAGCGUGUUUGAGAGGAGCAGCGGAGCCGCGACGCACACUGCGGAGAGUCUCCUGAACAAGUGCAGACCCGGGGACCUGCUGGAGUUCGUGACCACAGGACAGUACCCACACUGGGCUGUGUACGUCGGGGACUUCCAGGUGAUUCAUUUGCACCGGGCGGAGAUCAAGAACAACUUCCUCACCGAUGUCAGCCAGGGUAAAAAAGGUAGGAUAGUGAACGGCCUCUACAGGUACCGUGCGCUCCCGCCGGAGGUGAUCGUGCGCAACGCCCGGGACUAUGUGGGGUGCAGAGACCAGGAGCUGUACUGGAGAAACUCUGAGUGUUUUGCCGCCUGGUGCCGCUUUGGCAAAAGGGAGUUCAAAAUCGGAGGGGAGAUUAGGAUCGGGAAGCAGCCGUACAGACUGAAACUACUGUUCUCUGAGAAGCAGCAUCACGUCCUGGAGUUCCAGAGCCUGGAGGACGUGAUCAUGGAAAAGAGGAGGAACGAUCAGAUCGGGAAAGAUGCCGUGAUGCAAGAGCUGGCCAACCACCUGAACGCAACACAUGAAAUCAAAGAGGAGCACUUCGUCAACUGAGAGUGGAUGAUUCAGAGGAAAAGGUUGACACACGAGGCACGUGAGUUGGUGAGGGAACAUCCAUGCCUUCAUUAAAACAACUGUGACCAUGAGUGUGUACGCCACACUGCAAACAGAUGUUGGAGGAAAAGUUCUGGCAUCUGGGGGUGAUACUUGUUCUGGUCUUAAGUGCAUUAGUGAACUUCAUCAAAAGUGUCAAAACAAAGGUUAGUUAGCAUUAAAGUGAGCCCUGGUGAUACAUUUCCUUCUUUUUCUAUAAGAGAACUGAGGUUUUACACUCAACCCAACCUUCAGUGACUUCAUGGAUAUAUCCGGAGCUGCAGUCUGGUCUGUUUUAAUAGAUUAAGUGAGAAUGAAAUUGUCCAUAAUUAUCUUUCUAAUCCAAUGAGUCUUUGCACACAGGAGCAAAACCCCUGUGAUGUACUUCUACCUGAUGAGAAGAGCUUCCUCCUGUACAACUCAGGUGUUGGACACCAAUACAGACUGGACAAGAAAUGACUAGCUUUUCUGAACCGUGUAUCAAUGUGGAGGAUCUCCCCUCUUAUGCUUUACAACUGAUCAUCCCACAGCUUUACCCACUCUGUGACUAUGUUGUGGACACGGCUCAUUAGCCACGACUGUGCACUUUUAACCGAUUCAUCCCUUUCAACAGUUUAUUUUUUGGAUAAAAUAUGUUUGUAUGAAGGAAAAUGGAAAUAAAUCUAUAUUUGAACAGUAAA